AUGGUAUUACACAAUGCUCUUCAUGUCCCUACACGCCAGAGCAGAAUGGUUGUGCUGAUCACUGACUGGGAGGGCGGCUUCUAUCCAAUAACGAUGCACUUCAGUGAAGACUAUCCUAGCAAACCACCCAAGUGCAGGUUCCCUCAAAGUUUCAUUCAUCCUAAUGUCUAUCCAUCAGGAACAGUAUGCCUGUCUAUCCUCAGUGAGGACAGUGGGUGGAGGCCUACCAUUACAGUUAAACAAAUUUUGGUGGGUAUCCAAGAGUUGCUUGACCAGCCAAAUCCUAAUGAUUCAGCACAAACUGUUGGAUACACCUUGCUUUUGCAAGAUAUUGCUGAGUACAAGAGACGAGUGAGACAGGAGGCCAAGCAGUAUCCAGCUCUUAUCUGA